CGUCCCGCGGCGAGUUUCCUAAGAAAGCUGAACUCGUCCCAAGUUUCUUGUGCCUCGGCUUGCACUCAGUGAAUUGGUGGCGGGCUCGUUUGGUGCGGGUGGUCUUUUGGCGUGGGAGGGACGCGGAGGUGAUUGGAUUAAUCCGCCUGGGCGGCAGCCCAGAUUUCUGCCGGGGACCGCGCACCGCAAUGGUGCAGUUUUUGCCCGAGAAAGGGCGGGGCUGACUUCGAGGCCCGGCUAUGGACGGCGAGAGCGAGGUGGAUUUUUCUAGCAACAGCAUAACCCCUUUGUGGCGGAGGCGGUCGAUUCCUCAGCCCCAGCUGCUGGUGCGGAGCAAGCCGAGGCCCCAGUCCUACCAGAGCCCCAACGGGUUGCUAAUUACGGAUUUCCCGGUGGAGGACCGAGGGACGCUCCCCGCAGCGCAGAUUCCUGCCCAGGUGCCCACCGCCUCGGACAGCAGGACGGUACAUAGGAGCCCCCUGCUUCGGGGCGCCCAGCGGAGAGCUGUGGCCAAUGGUGGGACGGCAUCCCCGGAGUACAAGGCUGCCUCUCCUCGACUUCGACGGCCCAAGUCACCCAAGCUCCCCAAAGCGGUGCCGGGCGGCUCCCCGAAAUCCCCAGCAAAUGGGGCGGUGACCUUGCCUGCGCCGCCGCCGCCGGUUCUGCGCCCCCCGCGGACUCCUAACGCGCCCGCCCCCUGCACCCCGGAGGAGGACCCGACUGGGUUGACUGCCAGCCCAGUGCCUUCGCUCACUGCAAAUGGCCUUGCCGCUAAUAACGACUCUCCUGGGUCGGGUUCGCAGUCCGGCCAGAAGGCAAAGGAUCCCGAACGGGGGCUCCCUCCUGGGCCCCAGAAAAGUUCUUUGGAACAAAAACUCCCCCUCCAAAGGCUGCCCUCCCAGGAAAACGAGCUCCUCGAGAAUCCUUCCGUGGUUUUGAGUACAAACAGCCCCGCCGCCCUCAAAGUGGGGAAGCAGCAGAUCAUUCCGAAGAAUCUGGCCUCGGAAAUUAAAAUAAGUAAAUCCAACAAUCAGAAUGUGGAGCCCCACAAGAGACUCCUCAAGGUGCGCAGCAUGGUGGAGGGCCUAGGAGGACCCCUGGGUCACUCAGGGGAGGAGAGUGAGGUCGAUAACGACGUGGAUAGCCCAGGGUCUUUGCGGAGAGGCUUGCGGUCCACGUCUUAUCGCAGGGCGGUAGUCAGUGGCUUUGAUUUUGACAGUCCUACCAGCUCGAAGAAGAAGAACAGAAUGUCCCAGCCUGUUCUGAAAGCAGUGAUGGAAGACAAGGAGAAGUUUUCCAGUCUGGGAAGGAUAAAGAAAAAAAUGCUGAAAGGACAAGGAACAUUUGAUGGGGAAGAAAAUGCUGUCCUGUAUCAAAACUACAAGGAAAAGGCCCUUGACAUUGAUUCUGAUGAAGAGUCAGAGCCCAAAGAACAGAAGUCAGAUGAAAAAAUUGUGAUUCACCAUAAGCCAUUGAGAUCCACAUGGAGCCAGCUCUCUGUGGUGAAAAGAAAUGGAUUAUCUCAGACAGUAAGCCAGGAGGAAAGAAAGAGACAAGAGGCUAUCUUUGAAGUCAUAUCCUCUGAACAUUCAUAUUUACUCAGCUUGGAGAUCUUGAUACGAAUGUUUAAAAAUUCUAAAGAACUGAGUGAUACCAUGACUAAAACCGAGAGGCACCAUCUUUUCUCCAAUAUUACAGAUGUCUGUGAGGCAAGCAAAAAGUUCUUUAUAGAGUUGGAAGCAAGACAUCAGAAUAAUAUCUUCAUAGAUGACAUAAGUGACAUUGUGGAAAAACACACAGCAUCCACAUUUGACCCAUAUGUGAAAUACUGCACAAAUGAAGUCUACCAACAACGAACACUACAAAAAUUGUUAGCUACCAAUCCAUCCUUUAAGGAAGUAUUGUCAAGGAUUGAGUCCCAUGAAGACUGUAGGAACUUACCCAUGAUCUCUUUCCUCAUUCUCCCCAUGCAGAGGGUGACCCGCCUUCCCCUGCUGAUGGAUACUAUCUGUCAAAAAACACCUAAGGACUCUCCGAAGUAUGAAGUCUGCAAAAGAGCCUUGAAGGAAGUUAGCAAGUUGGUUCGACUGUGCAAUGAGGGCGCCCGGAAGAUGGAAAGGACUGAGAUGAUGUACACAAUUAACUCCCAGCUGGAAUUUAAAAUUAAGCCUUUUCCUUUAGUCUCCUCUUCCCGGUGGUUGGUAAAAAGAGGUGAAUUGACAGCCUAUGUUGAAGACACUGUGCUUUUCUCAAGAAGGACAUCCAAACAGCAAGUCUACUUCUUUCUCUUUAAUGAUGUGCUCAUUAUCACCAAGAAGAAGAGUGAAGAAAGUUAUAACGUCAAUGAUUAUUCCUUAAGAGAUCAGCUAUUGGUGGAAUCUUGUGACAAUGAAGAGCUUAAUUCUUCUCCAGGGAAGAACAGCUCCACGAUGCUCUAUUCAAGACAGAGCUCUGCCAGUCACCUCUUUACUCUGACAGUCCUUAGUAACCAUGCGAAUGAGAAAGUGGAGAUGCUACUAGGAGCUGAGACGCACAGCGAGCGAGCCCGCUGGAUAACUGCCCUGGGACACAGCAGCGGGAAGCCGCCUGCAGACCGAACCUCACUGACCCAGGUGGAAAUCGUUAGGUCAUUUACUGCUAAGCAGCCAGAUGAACUGUCCCUGCAGGUGGCUGACGUCGUCCUCAUCUAUCAACGUGUCAGCGAUGGCUGGUAUGAGGGAGAACGACUGCGAGAUGGAGAAAGAGGCUGGUUUCCUAUGGAAUGUGCCAAGGAGAUAACAUGUCAAGCUACAAUUGAUAAGAAUGUGGAGAGAAUGGGACGCUUGCUAGGACUGGAGACCAACGUGUAGUCUCUCAGAUGGUCUUUUGUUACUGCAAGAUUUGCAUGACACUUACUGGGCUGGUUGGUUCUGGGCUAGUUUUAUUGUUAAUUUUAUCACAGCCUAUUCAAUUAAAAGAACGAAAACACUUGCCUUUAAGCUUGCCAGGUGGUUCUGCUCUUCAUGAGAACUUGGAUACGGUGAGUUUGCACAGUUCAGUUUUUACCUAACCACACACUUGCAGACCUCCUGAGGUACACAGAAUAGCUGAGCAGUUCACUUUCAGGGAUCAGGUCAUCUCCGCUCCUCCUAGUUUCACCAUGUUCUGGCAAUAAAAAACACAUAUUAUAUCCUGGUUUUCUCUAUCCUUGCUUUACUAAGGUUACUAUCUCUCUUUAAACAUCGUUGUAUGGUUCUCCAAGUAUUAGCAAGAUUUUAUAUCUGUAAAGAAUGUCCAGUUUUGUAAAUAUUUCCCUGCCUUUUUUUUUCUUUUUUUACAUUUGAUUCUAAUGCUUUGUUAACUUCAAAAGAAACUGGUAGAGCUCAGAAGGUGAGCUGUUGUUUUUCUAAACCUCUUCCCAGGAAAGGGACAUUGACACUUGAAUUUUUGUCGUCACCUUUUUCCUCAUUAGAAGGAAAGUAGAAAGCCUUACUUUAGGAUUUUUUAAAAAAAUCCAUCUUACCCCAUAUUGGUCUUAAGUAAGUACAGACUAAUUAACCUAAGCUACCUUUAACAACGUAGAAUUUAAAUGGUUUCACAUAUGUGAGAAAAUCCUGAAUGUAGGACAGGGGUCCUACUUUUUUCCCCCACCUCUGUCACCCAGGCUAGAGUAUAGUGGUGUGAUCUUGGCCCACUGCAACCUCUGCUUCCUGGGUUCAGGUGAUUCUCCUGCCUCAGCCUCCCAAGUAGCUGGGAUUGUAAGAGUAUGCCACCACGCCCAGCUACUUUUUGUAUUUUUAGUAGAGACAGGGUUUCACCAUGUUGGCCAGGAUGGUCUCUUAACUCCUGCCCUCAAGUGAUCCACCCUCCUCAGUCUCCCCAAGUGCUGGGAUUACAGGCAUGAGCCACCGUGCCCAGCCGACUUUCUAAUUAAAAAAAAAAAAAUCUUCCCAAAUGAGCUGAUAAAAAACUGACGUGAGGCUGCUUUGCCUUCAAUAAUACCUAGUUUUCAGCUGUUCCAACUCGUUUCCAAAUAGAAAUUAGCUGGAACACACUACAGUAAUCUCAAGGAAGGGAAAAUCAGGCCUUAAAAGAUAUCAAGAAGUCAGCAUGGUACCCAAUUGAAAUGUUUUGACCUUAGUGGGAAUUCAUUCUGUUUGCACUAAAAGCUUUAACUUGCUGUAUUCAGAGUCCCUCUUACCUGUGAGUUUCUGUAGAACUCUACUUUUUCCACUAGUGCACAGAAAGAGAAAGGUUAUUUUAAUAAAUAGUUUCAUGGAGAUGAUGAAGGAUGGGAGAUUAAGAGGGGGGAAAUGAUUUUUACUGGCAGCUAUAUUCCCUCUCUGUUCUAUUUUCUUUAACAAAGGGAUAAAACCUGGCAAAGUAUACAUUAUUGGAGGACUCAAAUCUAUAUGUGACAUGUCCCAACUACUGUCCGCUAACUAGUUAUCCAAAUUGUAAAGCUACAGAAGCCCAGUGGAGGGGUAAGUGUGCCUGGCUCACACAGCCUGCACCGUCACCUCGGCAAUGAGCCAUUGUGGGGCACUGGGGACUUCUAACCCUUGGAUUGCUCUUUUUGACCUGUGCAUACAUUCUAAUUGUAAAAUAUAUUUCAGACCGUGAGUACCUUGAGAUCUGAGCAACUGUGUUAAUGAAGUAAUAGCAAUGGUCCACAGUGAAAGAUGUGUUGGGGUUUGUAAAACAAGAAUUCCGUCGCCUCUUUAAGAGUGUCACAGACUUUUUAAAGGAGAGGCUAACAAGUUGUAAUAUAAUCUGUCAUGUUUUAUUUAGGAAGGAAGGUAAAUUUGUGCUUGCACAGGGAUCAUUUUGUAUUAUUUUUGCUAAUACCCAGUUGAAGCUAAAAAGCAACUAUUUGAAUCCUGUGAAUUAAUUUAUAAGAAUGUUAAACAGCUUUGGAAAUACGUGCAUCUUAUGAAUCAUAGCCUUAUUUAGCAGGAUCAAUGCUGUGUAUUAAAGUGUUGUUAUAUGGCAAGUAUUUAACACAUUCACAGUGUUUGAUUUCAACUGUGAAUUGUCUUAACACAGUUUUUUCAAACCUAGUUGUUUCUAUGAACACCUGCUCUGAGUUGUACAUUGACUUCAUUACUAAAGAACAAAAAUGUUCAUUUUUGUCUCAGUAAGUUGAGACUGCUUGUAUACUUUCAGAAAAAUAUGUGAAUUUAUAAAGAUUUUGUAGAUACUUGU